CAAUGGGAUAAAGGGAAUCUCCCGUAUUUUCUUCUAUCCGCGUCUCUGUUCUGUUCUCUUUGUUUGUUCUCUAGGAAAAUAGAAAAUAGGGUGGUGGUGGAGAGAAAACGCAGCCAAGCCGAGAGAUAUUUUUCUCUGUCUCGACUACAUUAGAGGGUGGGAAGGGAGAGAUGUCCGCUGCCGCAGGGUUAGCCACCGGGAGGCUCUUGCUGCUAACUACUGCCGCCACCGCCGUCACGAACCCUGCUUCUUCUCUCUUCUCUGCUUCGGCAUCUCCAGAAUUUCACUCCAAAUCGCUGCGAGCGGCGAACCCUAAUUUCAGCUACUCGCAUCCGCGGAGGAGGCCCCCCUUCAUUCCCAAGCCAGCGGUCUGUUUUUAUGUACUGGAAAUAGUGGCUUUGUGGAAGUAAGAGAAGAGGCCAAGAAGAUAAUGAUGCUAUUGCUUCUGGAGCUGAGGAGGAGAAUGUGGUUGCCAGGUUUGGUUCUGAUGAAGAAAGUGGCAUCCGAAUUCCUACCCAAGCGCAGUCCCUUGUUGAAGGUUCUACUACAAUUAUGAUGUCAGAGCCUAAACCUGUCCCUGAUGUAGACUAUCUACAGGAGCUGCUAGCCAUUCAACAACAAGGGCCUAGAUCUAUCGGUUUCUUUGGAACGAGGAAUAUGGGCUUCUUGCAUCAGGAACUCAUUGAGAUUCUGAGUUAUGCUUUAGUUAUAACAAAGAACCAUAUAUACACCUCAGGUGCCUCUGGCACUAAUGCUGCUGUUAUUCGAGGGGCGUUGAGAGCAGAGAAACCAGAAUUGCUCACAGUGAUUCUUCCACAGAGUUUGAAAAAGCAACCGCCAGAAAGCCAGGAACUGCUUGAAAAGGUACAGAAUGUGAUCGAAAAGCCUUACAAUGAUCACCUGUCGUUGGCCGAAGCUAGCAGGCUGUGCAAUAUGGACAUAAUCUCACAAGUACAGCAAGUGAUUUGCUUUGCAUUCCAUGAUAGCCGAUUGCUAAUGGAGACCUGCGAAGAGGCCAAGAGUAUGAGGAAAAUUGUGACUCUGUUUUACCUGGACUAAAGAAGGGUUUGUAAGAUUUAUAGCUGCCUACGCAUUUGAAGGUUUGCAUUUGAAGGUUUCAAUAGAGAUGGAAAAAAGGGUUAUGGAUAUUCUUUUUGGUCUGUAAAUUAGGUCAUUGAGGGGGAUAGAUUUAGAUUGAACAUUUGGAUACUGGAAGCCAAUUUGUAAGAUGAUGGGGAGGCACUUGUCUUUCUAAAGUUCACCGAAUUGAAAAUUUGAAACGAUUUUGGAAUUUAAGGGUGAUUUAUAUGUCAAAUAGCACUCCUGUAGAUCUGGGACAGGAUGAUACUAUAGCAGCCUAUAUUCGUUGGCCGGAUUUCAGCCACCGCCGAGCUGCUGUUGCUAGAAUACAGUCGGCGAGUUCCACAAGGAAAACAAGACAGAGGAUAGACUAAAAAUCUUUGCUUUGAUUUGGUGAUGGUUUGUCGGAUAUCUUUGCCGACAAUACAGUGGCCAUCUUGUUCAAUUUUUUAAGUUAACUGUCUUAGUAGUUCUGUAGAACGUUCACCUUUCAACAGUAACUAUGAUCAGUACAUGUAAAGCAUGCUCUAACAUCAUAUCUUCCUGUCUGGCUCUCUGCAGCUGGCUCACUCCAUAAGUAGCAAUACUAGCUAGAACUUAGAACAGCAGCAGAACUUGAGAGAGCCAAGAUCGAUGGAAAUGGAUGCUACCUCUGCGGUGGAGCUUCUCGAGGCCCAGCCCCGAGUUUGGGAUCACAGCUUAAGCUACAUUAAAGCAAUGACCCUCCAAUGUGCAGUCGAGAUGGAGAUUGCAGAUGUCAUCCAAAGCCACGGCGAGCCAAUCGCUUUAAGCGAGCUAGCUGCUGCUCUCGAAAUCUCCGCGGCCAAGGCCCCGUUCCUCUCUCGCCUCAUGCGCAUGCUCGUCCACAUGGGCUACUUCACACAAGUCGAGCAACAGAUCGUACCAGAAGGAGGAGGCAGAGGAGGAGGAACAGAGGAGCUUUACUGGGUAGCUCCCCUGUCUCAACUCCUCUUGAAGAACAACCCUUUCAACGCCAGAUCACUCGUAAUCUGCUUGAACCAUCCCAAUGUGGUGGAUCCCUGGCGCCACAUGAGCGCUUGGUUUCGUAGCAGCAACGACGACAACAUCAUUCAUGACACGGUUGAACAAUCACCACCACCCCCUCCACCGUUCGCGUUCGCUCACGGUGGCAAGAAGCUGUACGAGGUCUGCUCCGCAGACGCAGGAUUCGGCCAAUUGCUGGCCGAAUCGAUGGGGGGAGACAGCUGGAUGUUCAGCAGAGCCAUGGUGGCUAACUGCAAGGAAGCAUUCGAAGGCUUGAGCUCGCUCGUGGACGUCGGUGGAAGCACCGGAACCACUGCCAAGGUCAUCGCCGAGGCCUUCCCGAGCAUCCACUGCACCGUGUUUGAUCUCCCCAAUGUCGUCGCUGCUGCAGCAGCAGCAGCUUCUGCAGAAUCCCUACCCAAUUUGGACUACGUCGGCGGCGACAUGUUUACCGACGACAUCCCUCCAGCUGAUGCACUGCUCUUCAAGCAGUGGGUGCUGCUCGACUGGCCGGACGAAGCUUGCUUGAAAGUGUUGAAGCAGUGCAGGAAAGCGUUGUUGAGCAGUAAGAAUGGCGGGAAGGUGAUGAUUGCAGACCAUGUUCUGGGCCAUGAGAGUUGCAGCAGCGGCGGCGGCAACAGCGACAGGGGAGCAUCGUCGUCGUUGCUGUUGGACCUCAUGCUGAUGGCAGUGGCUGAAGGUUGUUUGAGAAGUGAGAAACAGUGGGGGAAGCUCUUCUCCGACGCCGGAUUCUCCAGCUACGUCAUCACUCCGGUGGCCGGAUUACGGAGUCUCAUCCAAGUCUACCCUUGAUCAGAUUUGGUCACAAAGCCUAGUCGUGAAUUGAGUAGUGCAUCGGUACUACUGCCAAAUGGAUCGAUCAUUCAUCUGUAUGUUUGUUUGGGUUUCUUGCAUUAUUAAGAGCUUCCAGGAUGUAGUCCGUGAUCUGAAUUUAGCUUGUACCUAUACUUUUCGUAUAAAUUUCUGUAAG